CAGCCUGCAGCCUGAGACGGGGAGAGAGAGUUCCUAGAGCCCGGUAGAAGGGGCACCUCCAGGGCGCCGGCCGCUCCGGCUCACACACAAGCUCCAGCCCGUCCUCUGUGUCCUUGUGGAGGAGAUUCGCCCGGAGGCCGCGCUUCCUACCUCAUUCCUGCCUCCAACAACAUGGCCAGCAGCGGAGGUAGCAAUAGUACUAUUACUAGCGCCCCAGCCGGGCGUAUCCUGGGCGCCCGGAGCGCCAACCCCCGCAAGGCCCGCAUCCAGGGCUUCAUCGAUGCUAUCCAGGACGCCGUGGGACCCCCGAAACAGGCGGCGGCCGACAGGCGGACGGUGGAGAAGACCUGGAAACUGAUGGACAAAGUGGUAAGAUUAUGCCAAAGUCCAAAGCUUCAGCUGAAGAACAGCCCUCCUUACAUACUUGAUAUUUUACCGGACACGUAUCAACAUUUGAGACUUAUUCUGAGCAAGUACGAUGACAACCAGAAACUUACGCAGCUCAGUGAAAAUGAAUAUUUCAAAAUCUAUAUUGACAGCCUAAUGAAAAAAUCAAAGAGGGCAAUUAGACUCUUCAAGGAAGGAAAAGAGAGAAUGUAUGAGGAGCAAUCACAGGAGAGGAGAAACCUGACAAAGCUGUCCUUAAUAUUUAGCCAUAUGUUGGCAGAAAUAAAGGCAAUAUUUCCCAAUGGACAGUUUCAAGGGGAUACCUUCCGUAUCACCAAAGCAGAUGCUGCAGAGUUCUGGAGGAAGUUUUUUGGAGAGAAAACCAUUGUGCCCUGGAAAGUCUUCAGACAGUGCCUUCAUGAAGUUCAUCAAAUCACAUCUGGCUUAGAAGCAAUGGCUCUUAAGUCCACCAUUGACUUGACAUGUAAUGAUUACAUAUCUGUAUUUGAGUUUGAUAUUUUUACAAGACUAUUUCAGCCCUGGGGCUCCAUACUAAGGAACUGGAACUUUUUAGCAGUGACUCAUCCAGGCUAUAUGGCUUUUUUAACCUAUGAUGAAGUCAAGGCACGUUUACAGAAGUACAGCAGUAAGCCAGGAAGUUACAUUUUUAGGUUAAGUUGCACAAGACUGGGACAGUGGGCUAUUGGCUAUGUGACUAGUGAUGGGAAUAUCCUACAGACAAUACCUCAUAACAAACCCUUGUUUCAAGCUCUGAUUGAUGGCAGUCGAGAAGGAUUUUACCUGUAUCCUGAUGGACGAAGCUACAAUCCAGAUCUGACAGGUCUAUGUGAGCCCACACCACAUGAUCACAUCAAAGUUACCCAGGAACAAUAUGAGUUGUACUGUGAAAUGGGCUCAACGUUUCAGCUGUGUAAAAUAUGUGCAGAAAAUGACAAAGAUGUGAAGAUUGAGCCGUGUGGACAUUUGAUGUGUACUUCAUGUCUCACAUCUUGGCAGGAAUCUGACGGACAGGGAUGUCCUUUCUGCCGUUGUGAAAUCAAGGGUACAGAACCAAUUAUAGUUGAUCCUUUUGAUCCAAGAGAUGAGGGCAGGAGUAGUAGUCACUUUGAUAGUUUAUGUACGCCCAUGCUGGAUUUUGAUGAUGAUGAUGAGCGAGAAGAAUGCUUGAUAAUGAACCGACUUGCCUGUGUGAGAAAGAUGAAUGAGAGACUAAAUUCACCGGUGACCUCUCCAGGUUCUUCUCCCAUUUCCCAAAGAAAAAAAACUCCCCCUGAUCCUCUACAAAUCCCUCACCUUAACCUACCACCAGUUCCUCCUCGACUGGAUCUAAUUCAUAAAGGAGUUGCUCGGUCUCCUUGUGCCAGUCCUACUGGGUCACCAAAGUCGUCUCCUUGCAUGGUCCGAAAACAAGAUAAACCGUUACCUGCACCACCGCCUCCUUUAAGAGAACCUCCACCCCCGCCAGAAAGACCACCUCCAAUCCCACCUGACAGCCGAAUGUGUAGACAUGUACAUCAUAUGGAAAAUGUGCCUUGUAGAGACCAGCCAAUGCCCCUUGAAGCCUGGUGUCCUAGAGACAUUUCUGGUGCCAGUCACUUAGCUGCUUGUCGUCUAACACUUGAUGGCUCUCCUAAACUUGGAAAAACUGCAAACUCCAUUAUAAACGGGAGGCAUAUGAAACAUUUGAGUUCUGAGGCAAGAUUCAUGCACAAACUUCAUAAGCAUCAUGAUUUACCUUCAGAAAGUGUUAGGGUUUUAUCAAAUGUGCUAGUAGAAGAGUAUGAUGUGCCUCCCCGACUUUCUCCACCUCCACCAUCUAUUUCUAUUCACUCUACAGUAAAGUGUCCUUUAUCAUUACACUCCUUGCCCGAUAAAGUGAGACAUUCUAUAGAAGAUGAUGAUGGUGAAUACAAAAUACCAUCCUCUCACCCCGUAUCUUCAAGGCCAUUGCCUCUCCAUUGUCAUAGUAUAAAACCCUUUUCUAGGCUGUGUGAGAAUGGCCAGUGUUUGACAAAUGGCUUGCAUAAUGACACGUCUGAAAUAAAAAAACUAAAGCCUCCAGAUCUUGGCGAUGAAUCAUUUGACAGUUCCCCUCCUUCACAACCCCCGCCACCACCCCCAGCUCGUGUCUGCAUCUCCGAACAUUCAAAAUCAACUGCGUCAGGAAGCAGACCAAACUCUGCCUCGGACUUGUUUCUUCUUCCUAUGGAAGCACCUUUACCACCUAUCCGCAGAGCAACAAAUGAUGUCAAGCUAAAUCGACUUUCCCAAGAAUAUGAUCAGCUGCCAUCAUGCUCAGAUUGUCCACAAGUACCAGCCAGACCGCCCAAACCACUCCCCCGCAGAACGGCACCUGAGAUUCACCACAGGAGACCUUACAGCGCGGAUUGUUCAACAGAGAAUGUAGAUGCAAAAAUAGCAAAAUUAAUGGGUGAGGGCUACUCUUUUGAAGAAGUAAAAAGGGCUCUGGAAAUCGCUCAGAAUAAUGUGGAUGUGGCCCGCAGCAUACUUAGAGAAUUUGCAUGCUGUCCUCCACCGAUCUGCCCACGAUUAAACUUGUAACAAAAUGACAUGGCUUUUAAGACUUCACUCUUGGAGCAAAGCGGAAGAAUGGAUUUCAUUUAUCACCUUAAUUUAAAACUGUCAUUCCAGCAUUUUUUCCCUACAAAACAUAUGACAAUGCUUACGGGCCUGAAUCCAAGUUUACUUGGUUAUAUGUCAAAAUUAAAGAUGGAGAAAAAAAUCUAUAAUUGUUCAUUUGGAAAAUAUGAUCUAUACAGUUCAUGCAUAUAGGAAAACCUAUUUCGUUCUCUGAAAUAAUCUGUGAAAUAUUUUUUUUCUCUCGUUUAGAGCUGGUAAGUUUUUUUAUGAUUUUUUUUUUGCUUUGUUAUAUUUUAAAAAAAGAAUAAUUUGUGUUGUAGACCUUCAGCAGCACUUUCUGACCUCAUUGCAUUCUGGAAAAUGCUUUUCAUUCUCUGUAUUUUAUUUCUUUUUGUACAACGUUUUAAUUUAUCCAAAUAUACUGCAAAAAAGUGGCCUUUACUACUGACAUACUGAGUUAUUUUGUAUUAGGCUAAAUUGCAUUUGAAUGUGUAAAGAAUACAAUUUUUUUUGCGGAACAAUUGCCUUUACAAAUGUAUUUUGAUAUCAUUGUGUAGCAAAGCCGAAUUACUUUGGAUAUGGCAACUUUUCAUUUUUUUUAUGAAGAACAUGCAUACGAGCAAAAGCAUACAAUAAACAUCCGGAUCAUCCUUUUGUACUCUGGUGCUUGUAGAAAAUGAGCAUCAAAGUACCAACUUAUUUAAAGAGCUUGACGUCAUCUUUGCCAGGGUGUUGGUGCUGAAUGAUGCAUUAUCCGACCUAGUCAAUUACAAUCUGUACAUUUUAUAAGAAUUAAAUGUAACUUUUCCAUCAGUAAAAUGAAUACAUGAAUUUUGUAUCCUCUCAAGCAUCACAACUGAACUUUUGGGCAACCGUACCAGUGCAUUGGCUGCAACAAACUCAUUCCAUUUAAUAUCCUUGAAAAGGUACAAUAAUGUAUGUGCUUGAUUUGAACAGGCUCAUUCUUUCUAUACUUUGUGAUGCUGCAUCUGUAAACCUAGUUUGACAAUGGAAAUUAAUGUUUGCAUUGCUAGUGUUUCUAAAGUGUUUUAUAAGCCAUACUACUUGAACAGGUCAGUCAAAUGCAAUAAAGAAAGCACCAAUAUCAAAUCCUCAAUGAAAUAAUGGCUUGUUCAUUUUACAUCUUUUGCAAAACUGCCCGUUUGGAGAAAAAACUAAAAUCCAUGCCAACGUAAUAAAAAUAUCCUAUCC